CUAUUUGAAGGCUUGCUCAAGAAAGUAUAGUGGCACCGAAAUAAAGCGAUCAUUGUGACUCAACAAAAGGAGCAGCUAUCAAGCAUGGCGAGAAUGGCUGCGAAGUUUUACGACCUAUCGGCCAAACUAUUGACGGGAGAAACCUUUAAUUUCUCCUCACUGCAGGGCAAAGUUGUCCUCAUCGAGAAUGUGGCGUCCCUCUGAGGUACGACCUCCAGGGAUUACACCCAGAUGAACGAGCUCCACGAGCGGUACGCCGGCAAGGGGCUCGUGAUCCUGGGCGUGCCCUGCAACCAGUUCGGCCAUCAGGAGAACUGCAAGAACGAGGAAAUUCUCCUGUCCCUGAAGUACGUCCGUCCUGGAAAUGGCUUUGAGCCGAAGUUUCAGCUCUUGGAGAAAGUGGAUGUGAACGGGAAAGAUGCCCACCCCCUGUUUGUGUUCCUGAAGGGGAAGCUGCCAUACCCCAGCGACGAGCCCGGCGCCCUGAUGAACGACCCCAAACUCAUCCUCUGGAGCCCGGUGUGCAGGAACGACGUGUCCUGGAACUUUGAGAAGUUCCUCAUCGGGUCGGAUGGAGUUCCAUUCAAGCGCUACAGCCGGAGGUUCCUCACCAGCGACAUCGAGGGGGACAUCAAGAAGCUCCUCAGCCAGGCGACCUAGAGGGCCCCACCCUCCCGAAUGUUGUGCCCCCGCUUGCACCGGCUGGUCGGCGCAUCAACGCCCCCCUCUGGGGAUCGUUGGGUUCCCACCGAAGCUUCUGCGGCGGGCGUACAACCCUUUUACCAGACCGCCAGUGCUCUGCUAGACACGACGGCCGUGUUCUGUUCGUUUACAGCAUGACGACAUCCUCCGAAACCACGUCCGUUGUGAGGGGGCUGUCUGAUGAAGCGUAAACGCCUGAAUGUUUAUCGGCUGCAUUGUGUCUAUGCAAAGCACAGCGGUCUUUUGUGUAAAGAGGACCAAUAAAUGUUUUUCAAAACCUUU